AUACAAAAGGAGUCUUUUAGGCCUGAAGCUGCAAGAAAGCCGAAAAGUGAUGGCUGACCUGACCCCAUCUUCUCUCUCUCGGACCCACUAUGUCGUACACACUCCCUUCCCUGCUGUCUUCCAGCAACUCUCUCUCUCUCUCCCUGCACAAUCGGAAUGAAUGACUCGCUAGAAACUGCUCGGGGCUGGUUUUCUUUCCUUUUCUUGUUUUCCUUUUGUUGCCUUUAAGUUUCAAGAAUGAGAGGGGCGUAUUAACCAUUCUUCACCCACCCGUCACUGUGUUCUUCUGUGGGGAGGCGAUAUGUUCUGAGAAAACAGUAGGUGAGCAAGAACUUUCCCGGUACAGCUAAAGCUCCUGGAUGGGUUUCGGUUUUCUUUGGAGAAAGAUUCAAUCUUGUUGUUGGGUUUUCGUUUUCGUGUUCUGGAGAGACGAUGAUUGAGGUGGUUUCUUCUCUCCAAAUGAGUUACUUCUGUUCUCCUCCAAUCGAACGAUGAUGCUGGCGCAGGUGGGGCUCUUUCGCUUUCAUAAAAGAGAGCAUAAUUAAGGAUGGACUUGUAUGAAGAGCUUCUGGAUUCCCUUUGAUUCAAGUCAUCAUGUCGAGGCAAGCUCAUCUUCCACCUCGCUGCCCAUUUCAUAGGAAGCCCGUUUCUCGGCCAAUUCACGACCCCAUCUCUCCACCUGCAAACACAAACCACAGUAAUGUCUUUCCACGGCAUAAAAAAUCUCCCUCUCAGAGUGCCAUUUUGGAGGAGCAGCCGGCUUGGCUUGAGGAUUUGCUGGACGAUCCAGACUCGAGUUACAAGGGAGUCAUGCAUCGGAGAUCCGCCAGUGAUUCGAUUACUCUUUUAGAUGGCCUAUCGGACUCAUUACCAGCAAUCAAUCCCCAUUGUGUGAAGCAGACCAGAGAUGAAAAGGAAUCUUCAGGCAGGUUGGACUUGGAUUGCAUUUAUGGUCCCAAUUCUCCGCGUCAAAAAGCCAACCCAGCAUUACCGGACAGUGGCAUAGUUUCAGCAUUGUCGGAAUAUAUUUCACAGACUUCCCUGCAGUUCCUAGAUGGCAGCCUAUGCAUUUCUGGAAUGGUCAACUCAGAUAUGAAGGGUGAUAUCUGUGUUUCGAAUGGUGAUGAUGAGACAAAGACAAUGAAACGGCAUUCAGGACAGCGUUCUAGGGUCCGUAGGCUUCAGUAUAUUGCUGAACUGGAGAAAACAGUAAAUGUUUUCCAGGCUUUUGAAUCAGAGUUAGCAGUCAGAGUUGCUUCUCUGCUUCAGCACCGUUCUGCUUUGACAAUGGAGAAUGCCAGCUUGAAGCAAAAGAUUGCCGGACUGCGGCAGGAAAAGUUACUCUUGGAGGGGCAAUAUCAAUCUAUGAAGAAAGAACUUGGGCAACUGAAAUUAGGUCUGGCAAGUUCACCAAACAGCAAUUUCAGGAAUUAUUAUGAGGCGAGUGCUGGUGCUGGUGCUGGUGCUGCUAUUCCAGAAUCUUCUAGGCAGUUGUGAGGUAUGGAAAAACUCAAUCUUAACUGAACUUCUGAUGUUCGGAGAAUCGUCAAAAGGUUGGCGUUAAUGUGCAAUUUGCACUCGGUAUUGGGUCUUUUGUUGCACUGGUGUGGUGUUCUCCUGAUAGUGCAUAAACAGGACAAAAAGAGAAUGUCAGAUCUGUAGGUGUCUCUUGGCUCGGUAUCUCUAGUAAAUCAGGCGAAAGACCUCAAUUUUGAGAGACAAAUUGGGUUGACACCUUGAGUUGUGGUAAACACGGUGCAACUAUGGGCUUGCUGUCGGAAAGUUACUACUUUCUCCGACAUAUUUUUGUUGUUCCUUGCGGGUGAGAUAUGUUCAGGAAGCUUCAUUGAGCACAUUUUGCCCGCUGCAAAAGAAGAGGGCAGUUUGAAGUUUGUCACUUUGGAGGAAAUUGUUCUUGAUAUUGCUUUUCUGGUGUGCAAGUGGUCCAAAUAAGCGGAGGAGGCCUGCUAAAUUGCUAAUGUUCAUUUUGCUACUACGCUCCUGGACGACAUCCAAUCUGUUGUUCAUACUAAAAUGGCCUUCUGGAAAUUUUAAUGCGUUUAUUUUAAUGAGGAGCCUUUCUUUCCAAAA